CGGCCACAACCACAUUAAUUCUCUCUGUUUAAACACACCUGAACGCACUCUCGGAGACUCCACCUUAUCUAACUUCUCACACACGUUGACUAAACGCGUCCAAUGUGAAUAUUCGAUGAUAAAACACUUAGUUCAGUUAGUCAGAGGCUUGAAAAACAAGGAUUUCGAUUCCAACACACUUCCACAAACGGUCGUCAGGUCACGUGACAUGCAGAAACGUGACGUCGCCGCCGUAGAGAGCGCGAGCGCCGAGCUCCGAGCUCGUGCUACUGCUUACAAAACACGCUUACGAGCAGUGAAAGAUUUGACGUGAAAACACUUACAGAUUCGUGUAAAAUAUGAGGCCUUCUACAGAGAAGACUCUCUGCUGUGCUGUAAUUACUCGAUGAAAUGUGAACCGGAUGAUAAAGGAGAACAGUGAGCUAUUCUCUGAUUCUCAGUGUAAAGUUUGCAGCGCUGUCCUAAUCUCUGAAUCCCAGAAACUUGCACACUACCAGAGCAAAAAGCAUGCAAGCAAAGUACGCCGAUACAUGAGCAUUCAUGGAAAUGACGAGCCCCUUGCGAAACGCUUCAAGCCUUCAGAUAAUGCUACACGUAAUGUCGAUGAAGAUGACAAAUACAAAGCUUGCCAUGUGUGCAACAUGACGUUCUCUUCCGCAGUGGUCGCACAGUCACAUUACCAGGGCAAAGUUCACACCAAGAACAUUCGCUUAAAAAACUUUGGUCCACCACUUCCUGCAUUACCUCAGCCCAAAGCCCAGGUAAAAAAGGAUAAAGGGCUGCCUGAAGGUGCGCAGGGGCCGGCAGAGCAGGACCCCAACCGCUUCUGCACCAUCUGCCAGGCCUCCUUCAACAACCCCAUGAUGGCUCAGCAGCACUACAUGGGCAAGAAACAUAAAAAACAGCUGACUAAACAGAAGCUGAUGGAGACUUAUGGGCCGUCAUCUGCACCAGCCUCCACACUGAAGGGCUACCCUUGUACUGUGUGCAAUAUUGAGCUCAACUCCGUGGAGCAGUACCAGGCCCACAUCAGUGGUUCCAAACACAAGAACCAUGCCAGACUUAAGAAAGGGGCAAAUGCAUUUGUCAGCCCUCCUGAGAACUUCCAGGCUGAUUUCCAGUAUACACCUGAGCAGGAGGCCCCAGAGGACUGGGGCAGCUUUAACCAGGGCUUUGUGUGAUGAGAUGCCUCUGCUUCACUGCCCUCUCCUCAUCUGUGACAAGCUUCCUCUGUUUAGGCACAGGUCAAUAUGUGUCUGCACUGUGCAUCCCCUAAUGCCAGCAUUUCACCACACGCCUCUUCCUUUCCACUGUAUUCUCUCACUCUCACACACAGCUGGGGGACCACAACAAACUUCCAGAUCUAUGUUCUCCCUUUCUCUCCAAAACUGAAGGCAAGAAGGCAAAACUUUAAAGUGUGCUGCUCUUUUCAGUGUUAGGAUUAGUGUUUUGUUUCAUAUUUGUUUGGUUUACUAAUUCAUUUCAUAUGCAGGUCCUAAAGCGGUUUCUGGAGAAUUUUGGAUAUGAUGGAUACUCCUGUUUGUUGUUUUUAUUUUACAAUGCUCAAGCUCCGUGUUUUUGUGUUAAAUUAAUGUCUAUGGAGUUCAAAGCUAUUGAAUUUGAUAAGGUGCAGAGUUGGAAAGGACGAAUGUCUUUGUUUUAUGGGGCUAUAGAGUGCUUUAUUUAUUGACUCCUGAUUUCUGUCCAUUUUGGAAACAAUCUUACUAUUUCUAAGUAAUUUAAAAGAAUAAUCUUUUACUCACUCUCAUGUUGUUCAAAACCUGUUGGUCUUUCUUUCUGCCAUGGAACAUUAUAGGGAGAUAUUAGGCAGAAUGCAGCCUCAGUCACCAUUCACUUUCAUUGCAUUUUUAUGCUAUACAAAAGUGAAUGGUGACUGAGACUUUAUUCAGCUUAAUGUCUCCUUUUGUCUUCCAGGGAUGAAAGAAAGCGAUGUUGUGUGAACAACAUGAGGGCGAGUAAAUUAUAGCAGAAUUGUCCAAUUUUGGGUGAACUAUCCCUUUAAAUCAUUGCAUUGCUUGUCCUAAACUGGUUAGUAGUUUUUCUUUUUCAUUUUUCAUUUCACAAUGCUCCUUCCCAUUUCUCUGUAAAAGUAAAUGUUUAACUAGGAAGCAUAACGUGAUUUCAUACGCUUAGAGAUUUUACCUUAAAAGUGGUGUUUGAGUGCUAACAUUUUGUUGCACAAAAUGUGGUUGAGUUUGUCAUAGUGAAUAAAACUGUCCAAUCAUAGAAAAUUAGUGCCAGGUCAUGAGUGAUAUUUAUUUAGUUUUCUUCUUGGGGACAAGCUCAUAAGUUCAUCUUGAAAUGUAAGUUGUCAUAAGAUUCUUGCAGUAUAUUCUGGUGUGUACCGGUUCUGCUUAUGCAUAAUCAAACUAGUAACAAAUUGAUUAGUUACAAACUUACUUGUAAGUUGAAAGCCUCUUUGUUUAUUUUUGCAAUGUACUUUGCAGGUGGCCCAUGGUAAACAAAACAGAUGCUAAUACUGUGUAAAGACAAAGUUUGUGAAAUAAAUUAAUGCUUAAUGUCACCAUAUUAGACUUGUGAUCAUGAAGUAAUCAAGUUUAAGAGUGCAUUUAUUAGGUGCUUAAGUUGUUGUGAAUGGUUAUUGCGUUGCUUUAUGUCAUGAACCUAGCUAAAGAACUGAAUGUGACAAUUAGCAUUUUUAAAUGUUCUCAGAGUAAAAGGGCCUAGUUUUUACUGUAUUAUUUUUCAUGUCAUGUUAAGACAUGUCCCAGAAGCUUGUUAAAGUGAGAGAAAAUAAAAAUGUAUUACAUCAUUUACUCACCCUAAUCUUGUUCCAAGCCCAUAGGACUUAUUUUCAUAUGUGAAACACAAAAGGAGAUGUUAGGCAGAAUGACGACCUCAUCUCAAUCUUUUUUUGCAUAUAAGUGAAUGGUGACUGAGGCUGUCAUGCUGCCUGACAUCUCCUUUUGUGUCUUGUGGAAGAAAGUCAUAUGGGUUCGAAAAAACUUGAGGGUGAGUAAAUGAUGACAGGAUUUUCAUUUUUCGGUGAACUAUCCCUUUAGUACAAAUUCAAAGAAUUAAUAGCGACUGCAGUAGCUCAACUUUGUAAUGCACAGCCCAAGAUGAACUUCUGGAUUGCAUUUAAGACUUUAAAGCAGCAUAACAGCAAUUAAGUGCUUAAAUAAGGCCUUCAAACUUAAUCUCAUUGGUAGCAUAUUUGAGUGUUUUUAAUUUUCAAUUUUCUUUUCAAACGACAGUGUGAGCCUAAAGAGAUGUAUGUUACUUUUCAUCCAUUAAAAUGUUUUUUGAA